GCCAUUUGGUAUUACCUGCUUCCUCCCUCGGACUCACCGUCACUCCAUUCGUCUCUUUCCUUUGUUUCUUUGUUCGCUCGCUCUCACAUCUCCUAUUUAUCACAUCGUUCCUCGCCUCCAUAAUUUCAAGUGCUUCCACCGCCUGUUUGAUGCUCCGCGAUGGAGGACGCCACGAACGCGAUCCACGACGACGGCGUCAGCGCCGACACCAUGAUCGACAAGCUCCACGCCUCGCGCUCCGGCAUCGACUCGGUCCUCCGCUCCUCCUCCGAGCUUGACGUGGCCAUCUCCGGCUUCGACGGUCGCCUCUCAGUCCGACUCGCCGCCAUCUCCGCCAUCUAUGACGCGGUGGCGCCACUUCACUCCCAAGCCGUCGCAGCCCAGGCCCUCCGCACCCGCAUCGACCGCGCCGUCUCCCCCGCCCUCGCCCUUCUCCGCGGCUUCUCUCUCGUCCGGUCCCUCCAGCGCCGGCUACUCCGGCUCUCCCCUCCCGCGGCCGACCCCCGCCGCAUCGUCGCCUACGUCGAUUGCGUCGACAGCCUCCACGACGCGGUCGCAGGCGUCGCCGCUGAGUGCGAGCCAGCGGUGCAGCGCCUUCAGGAGGCGGUCGAGUUCCUGAGCCGGACCAAGGCCACGGACCGCCUCCGCCUCCACCGCCUCAGUGAGGCCCUCGCCGCCCUCCAGGCCCUCUACGAGGACGAGGUCGACGCCAUGCGGUACGAAGGCCUCUUGGACGAAGCCCUUCUCCUGCUGCAGCACGAGUGCGAGUCUCUCCUUCUCCAGCUCAAGCAUCACGCCUUUGGCGAAUCUGAUGGCCUUGAUCUGAUCCCGGAAGCGACCGACGGCUCUGAUCUCCCCCAUCUCGGCUCGUCUCUCCAGAUUGAGGCCCUCCGGCGGAUCGCCCAAACGCUCGCCGCCAACGAUUGCCUCGACAUCGCGAUCGAUAUCUUCGUUACGGUGAGGUACCGAAGGGCGGCGCAGGCGCUGAUGAGGUUGAAACCAGAGUACCUGAGGACGUCCGCGCCGGAGGACAUGGACGCGAUGGAGUGGGAGGAUGUGGAAGCGGCGAUCACGCUCUGGAUCCGGCACCUCGAGGUGGCGGUGCGGAUGCUGUUCGCCGUGGAGAAACGGCUCUGCCACGACGUGCUAGGCGGAUUGAUGGGCGGCGCCGUGUGGCCUGAAUGCCUCGCAAAGAUCGCCGACCGGAUUAUGGCCGUCUUCUUCUGCUUCGGUGAGGGCGUCGCCCGGAGCUCGAAGCAGCCGCAGAAGCUGUUCAAGCUCCUCGACAUGUUCGACGCGUUGGACAGGAUGUGGCCCGAUCUGGCGGCCGUCUUCGACGGAGAGGCGGGCGGCCAAGUCCGAGCGCGGUUCCGCGAGCUCCAGAAGCUCGUCGUCCACGCGGCGGCGACGGCAUUCAGGGAAUUUGGCCUCCGGAUUGAGGGACUGCAGGACGGCGCACCGCCGCCGGCGGAUGGGUCGGUGCCGAAGGUCGUCCGAUACGCCGUCCAUUACCUCAAAUGUCUCGCGACGGCCGCGUACGCCGGACCGAUGGGUCGAGUGCUACGAACAGAGCGCACCUGGAGACCGGAGCUGCCUUCGCGACCCCCUGAUGCGGACGGCGACGAUGAGGGGCUCCUCGGUGACGCAGUGCGCGGUAUUCUGGAGGCGUUGCAGCGUAACGUAGAGGCGCAGCGGUCGAGGUACGGGAAGAAGGACCGAGUACUGCCCCACGUGAUGGCCACCAACGCGUACUGGUACAUGUACAUGAGGACGAGGGGGACGGAGGUGGCGAGGCUGGUGGGGGAGGACACGAUGAAAGCGAGGUACAAGACCGCGGCGGAGCAGGCGGCGUUCGCGUACCAGGAGGCAGCAUGGGGGCCUCUGGUGAGGCUGCUGGAGAGGAACGAGGCGGCGGGGACGGCGAGAGCGACGACGGAGGAAUUCAUGAGGGGAUUCGACGACAACCUGAGGAAGCACAAGAGCCUCUACUGCAUUCGGGACGCCGACCUGAGGGAGCAGAUAGGGGAGGCGGUGGCGAAGGCGGUGGUGCCGGCGUACACGGCAUUCCUUCACGCCAACGCCGGGGCGACGGACGGGAGGGCGUUCCCACCACCUGACUCGAUCAGGGAACUGAUACUGCAGCUGUUCGAUGCCGGAGGGGAGGAAAGGAGGAGGGAGGCGGAGGGGGAGAGGAGCUCCAAGGGAGAGCGAGUGAGCCAUCGGAGGCGGGCAGAGGGACCGUGGAGUUCGGAGGCUCCUUCGCGUCGCAAGUCGCAACAGAACAAGUGAUAAAUAUAUUUGGUUACCUUAAAUUUGUGAAGUUAUAUUAAACUCUAAUAUCUUCUCUCA